CAUAUGGUCGCUUAUCUAAGGUGUUUACUACACAUGCAAAAUCGACUGAUACACAUGACUUAUUUACGAUAAAGUCUAAACCGUGCGGCAAACAACGUUUUUGUAGUUGUCAUUUGGUUUGUGUCUGUGUUUAGUAUUGUUUCAACGUUCUUGUCAUACACACAACCGGCAUUUCUAAGACGUCAUUCAGUGAAUUAGAAUUACAGUCGAAAUCUUAAAUUCAAAUAAGCAUUAGCACACACUGUGAACCAAGCAAAUGCAGCGUUUUCAGCAAGUUUUCGGGACGAAAUUGUUUUCCGUCAUUGGAAUGAUACAUCUGCGAGCGCUGCCAGGCACUCCAAAGUAUGACGGCAAUUUUAAUGCAAUCGUUGAACAGGCUCGCCAUGAAGCAAACAUCUACAAAAAGUACAAUGUGGAUGCAGUUUUGGUUGAAAACAUGCAUGACAUACCGUACGUUCAAAAUGAGCACAUUGGACCGGAAGUGAUUGCAUCUAUGACUCGUGUCAGCGGUGAAAUAAAGCAAUUGUUACCGAACACACCAUGUGGCCUUCAAGUGUUGGCAAGUGCAAAUUGUCAAGCGUUGGCCAUUGCCAAAGCGGCCAAUUUACAAUUUAUUCGAGCUGAAGGUUUCGUAUUUGCCCACGUCGCCGAUGAAGGUUUCACCAAUGCAUGUGCCGGCCAUUUACUUCGCUAUCGAAAGCAAAUUGAUGCCGAACACAUUCUUAUUUUCACCGAUCUCAAGAAAAAACACAGCUCACAUGCGAUUACAAAUGAUGUGUCACUGCUGGAAACGGUUCAUGCUGCUGAAUUCUUUUUGACCGAUGGAAUCAUACUCACCGGAACUACAACCGGCUGUGCUGUUAACGAGGGUGACUUGCACGCCAUCCAUAACAAAUGUAAAUCGCCCGUUAUAAUUGGAUCGGGUGUCACCAGCGAAAAUAUCAACGAAUAUUUUCCCAAAUCGAAUGCUGCCAUAAUCGGUUCAUAUUUCAAACGGGACGGACAUUGGGCCAACGAACUGUGCGACACAAGAAUUGCCAAUCUUAUGGAAAAAGUCAAUCAAUUGCGAACCGAGAGUUAGAUUUGGCACAGAAGAAAAAAAACACAUUUUCCAAUUGUAAUACAUCGACAUAAAAACGCAAUAAAAAAACUGUUGAAUGAAAAGUAAAAAAAAAAAAAUCUUUUCC